AUGAAUACUGACGAAAUUAUCGAUCUUGACCAAAACAGUUUUAUAUCUCAUUUACGAACUACGAUCAUUCUUGCUGCUCGAAAAUCUUCUGCCGCAGACAUUGACAUCGCAGCUGUAGAUAAAAUAGUUGAAGUUACAAUCGAUUUCAUUAAAAAUAUUCUCGAACACAUGUGCAAUGGAACUCGGACCUCUUCAUUCUCAUCAGAUGAUCUACUAAACGGCAUCCGACUUCAUCCACAUUUAAUUCCCGAUCGAAAUUUACUCUUCUCUAUAAUGGAAACAUUCAAUCAUUGUCAGAAUCGGGAUCUUCCAUAG